UGAUUGAAUCCAUCUUUUGCUUUCAGUCCUUUAGCUAUUCUACAAUCUAGCAUAGCAAAUUUUUACUAAUGAAGUUGCAGCUGCUAUACUCGCUCACCAUUUUGUGGCUUGCUUUUGUAACAAGUCAUGCAGCUAUAUCUCCAGAAGUUUAUUGGAAAGUAAAAUUGCCCAACACUCAAAUCCCCAAAGUAAUCAAGGAUUGCCUUCCCCAAGCAGAUAAUGAGAUUAGUCAGCUGAAACAAGAUAAUACUGCCAAUAAGGAAAAAGUAUACUACGGUUUGCACAAACCAUAUGGUUAUGAUCGCGCUGCGACGGAAGAUGAGGUUCGUGAGCUGAAACAAGAUAAUACUGCCAAUAAGGAGAAAGUAUACUACGGUUUGCACGAACCAUAUGGUUAUGAUCGUACUGCUACAGAAGAUGAGGUUCAUGGGCUAAAACAAGAUAACACGGCCACUAAGGAGAAAGUAUACUAUGGUUUGCACAAACCAUAUGGUUAUGAUCGUACUGCUACAGAAGAUGAGGUACAUGAGAUGAAGCAAGAUAACACGGCCACUAAGGAGAAAGUAUACUAUGGUUUGCACAAACCGUAUGGUUAUGAUCGUGCUGCUACAGAGGAUGAGGUUCAUGAGCUGAAACAAGACAACACUGCCACUAAGGAGAAAGUAUACUAUGGUUUGCACAAACCAUAUGGUUAUAAUCGUGCUGCUACAGAAGAUGAGGUUCAUGAACUGAAACAAGAUAACACGGACACUAAGGAUAAAGUAUACUAUGGUUUGCGCAAACCAUAUGGUUAUGAUCGUGCUGCUUCAGAAGAUGAGGUUCAUGAGCUGAAACAAGAUAACACUGCCACUAAGGAGAAAAUAUACAAUGGUUUGCAUAAACCGUAUGGUUAUGAUCGUGCUGCUAAGGAGGAUGAGGUUCGUGAGCUGAAACAAGACAACACUGCCACUAAGAAGAAAGUAUACUAUGGUUUGCACAAACCAUAUGGUUAUGAUCGUGCUGCUACAGAUGAUGAAGUUCAUGAGCUGAAACAAGCUAACACUGCCACUAAGGACAAAGUAUACUAUGGUUUGCACAAACCAUAUGGUUAUGAUCGUGUUGCUACAGAAGAUGAGGUUCAUGAGCUGAAACAAGAUAACACGGCCACUAAGGAGAAAGUAUACUAUAAUUUGCAUAAACUAUAUAGUUAUGAUCGUGAUGCUUCACAGAAUGAGGUUCAUGAGCUGAAACAAGAUAACACUGCCACUAAGGAGAAAUUAUACUAUGGUUUGCAUAAACCGUAUGGUUAUGAUCAUGCUGCUUUGGAGGAUGAGGUUCGUGAGCUAAAACAAGAUAACACUGCCACUAAGGAGAAAGUAUACUAUGGUUUGCACAAACCAUAUGGUUAUGAUCGUGCUGCUACAGAAGAUGAAGUUCAUGAGCUGAAACACGAUAACACGGUCACUAAGGAGAAAGUAUACUAUAGCUUGCAAAAAUCAUAUGGUUAUGAUCGCGCUGCCAUAGAAGAUGAGGUUCGUGGGUUGAAACGAGAAAGUACUGCCACUAAGGAGAAAGUAUAUCAUGGUUUACACCAACGUUUUGGAGUUCAUACUUUGCGUCGUGCUGCUGCAGAGGAUGAGGUUCGUCAUCUCAAAAGGGAAAGCCAUUACAUGCAUCAUGCUACUACCGUGAAUAAUCUCCAACAGGUAAAUGAAGGAAGCAGUGCCAAGAGUGACCUUAAAGAUAAUUACCUUUACAAACCUUACUUCUUUGAAAAGAACUUGGAGAAAGGAAAAAUAAUCAACUUUCCAUCUCUAAAAAAUAAAAAUAAAGCACCUUUUUUGUCUCGCCAAUUUGUGGAAUCGAUUCCUUUCUCGUUAGAAAAAGUUUUAGAAAUUCUAAAUUAUUUUUCAAUAGAUAGUAUCUCAAAGGAUGCUCAAACUAUUGAGGAAACUAUCAGACAUUGUGAAGAGCCAGCGAUGAAAGGAGAGAAGAAAAUAUGUGCUACUUCUUUGGAGUCUAUGGUGGAUAUCAGCUUAACGAUGCUAGGAACUAAUAAUGUUCAUGCAGUUACAACAGAGGUGGAAGGGGAAACUCAAAUGUUGCAAAAAUACACCAUUAAAAAAGUUCAAAAGAUUGCUGAUGGAGAUAACUUGAUAUGCCACAAACUUAGUUAUACAUAUGCAGUUUAUAAUUGCCAUGUUGGAGGACGUACCAAGAUAUUUAUGGUAUCUAUGGUUGGUGCUGAUGGAACAAAAGUAAAAGCAGUAUUGGUGUGCCACAAAGAUACAUCUUUUUGGAAUCCCAAAGGAUUGCCUUUUGUACUGCUUAAGGUUAAGCCUGGAACUACCCCUGUUUGUCAUUUCCUUCAGGAUGAUCAGAUUGCCUUUCUCCCUUCUAAAGAUGCCACUAAGCUAUCUGAUAACUAAGUCAUAGAUUGUCGUGAAAGAAUGCAGUGGUUUACCUUUUGCACUACUCUGCCUUUUAUCCUAAUGUAUAUAUUUUUAUAAUAAAUGGAUAUGAUUCUGGCUUUAUGGUACCUUUUUUA